AUGGCGGAACAGCACUUUGAGACACUGCAGCUUCAUGCUGGCCAGGAACCUGAUCCAGCGACCAACGCUCGUGCUGUACCUAUCUAUGCCACCACUUCCUUCGUUUUCAAUGACUCCGCCCAUGGAGCGAGACUGUUUGGUCUCAAGGAGUUUGGCAACAUCUACUCCCGAAUUAUGAACCCCACGGUCGAUGUAUUCGAAAAGCGAAUUGCUGCUCUCGAGGGAGGUGUCGCCGCUGUUGCAGCUUCGUCCGGGCAGGCAGCUCAGUUCCUGGCCAUCUCCGCUCUUGCUCAUGCCGGCGACAACAUUAUUGCGACCAGCAAUCUGUACGGUGGCACCUACAACCAAUUGAAAGUGUUUCUCCCUAGACUUGGAAUCACGACGAAAUUCGUGCAGGGUGACAAGGCUGAGGAUAUUGCUGCUCUGAUCGAUGACCACACCAAGGCAGUUUAUGUGGAGACUAUUGGCAAUCCUCGAUACAAUGUUCCUGACUUUGAAGCUAUUGCCAAGGUCGCUCAUGAAAAGGGUGUUCCUCUAGUUGUCGAUAACACCUUUGGUGCCGGAGGCUACUUUGCUCGCCCCAUCGAUCACGGCGCGGAUAUUGUUGUCCACAGCGCCACCAAAUGGAUUGGAGGACACGGCACAACUAUCGGCGGUGUAGUGGUCGACAGCGGAAAGUUUGACUGGGGCAAGCAUGCAGCACGAUUCCCGCAAUUCAAUGAACCUGCCGAGGGCUACCAUGGACUGAAAUUCUGGGACACAUUCGGACCGAUCACAUUCGCGAUUCGCGUUCGAGUAGAGAUCCUCCGCGAUCUUGGAUCUACCCUCAACCCCUUUGCCGCGCAGCAGCUUCUGCUUGGCCUUGAGACCUUGAGCUUGCGUGCCGAGCGACAUGCCAGCAACGCGAUUACUCUCGCGCGCUGGCUGGAGAAGAACGAGAACGUCACAUGGGUGUCUUACCCCGGAUUGGAGAGUCACGCAAGCCAUGAACUCGCGAAGCGUUACCUGCCCCGAGGCUUCGGCGGUGUUUUGUCGUUUGGCGUGAAGGGCGGUGCUGCAGCUGGCAGCCAAGUCGUGGACGGCUUCAAAUUGAUUUCCAACCUUGCCAACGUCGGCGACUCGAAAACACUCGCAAUCCACCCCUGGUCAACCACCCACGAGCAGUUAUCCGAGGAAGAGCGAAUUGCCUCUGGCGUGACCGAGGACGGGAUCCGUAUCUCCGUUGGCACUGAGCACAUCGACGAUAUCAUUGCGGACUUUGACCAGUCCUUUAAGAACGCCAGUGCUGCGGGUGCAGACAAGGCUGCUCUGCCGGACCGGGCUCAGGGAGGUGCUGCAGCAGAACAUGAGACUGGAGCAGCUGGGUCUGUGUAA